AUGUUACCUCGCUCUGACGAUGUCCGUCAUAUGACGGACGAAAGCUCAGCACGUGUUCACCGGAAUCGAAAGAAAUUGCCUCGGAAACAGCGUCAGCAUGAAUCUUCCAGUAAAGCCAAUCGACAGCUGGUCAAGAGGAAUGGCCGUCGUCUUCUGGUGGCACUGACCAUUGAAUCCCUUCACCCAACACUUUCACUCGAAAUUGAAGUAAGCUACCGUCGUCUUCUGGUGGAACCGACCUUCGAAUCUCUUCACCCAACACUUUCACUCGAAGUGGAAGUAAGCUCAAGUCGUCUUCUGGUGGAACCGACCGUCGAAUCGCUUCACUCAACACUUUCACUCGAAAUGGAAGUCAGCUCAAUGUCUUCUGAUGGAACCGACCUUCGAAUCUCUUCACCCAACAUUUCUACUCGAAAUGGAAGUAAUCCCAACAUUCUUCUGGUGGAACCGACCUUCGAAUCUCUUCACCCAACACUUUCACUCGGAAUGGAAGUAAGCUCAACAAUUAUUCUGGUGGAACCGACCUUCGAAUCUCUUAACCCAACACUUUUACUCGAAAUGGAAGUAAUCCCAACAAGUAAAAGUAAUGUCUGUUCUCGGCCAUCAAGGUUUGAUGACCACAUAAACAUUUAUGGUGACGCUGUUUUCGCAGUAAUCUUCUUCGAUUCCUGUGAAAAGUUGCUGAUCUCCAGUUUUCGAUUAGUGAAAAUAGUUAAACAACAUCUACUUAUGUUCUUGCUUGUAUUCCUUACAUUUACUAUAUUUCCUAUUCGGAUUAUUUAUAUGGCUUCUCUUAUUUUACGUUUGCUGCAGACAUGCCAUAAUAAGCUAAACGAAAAGUUUGUGACCAUUCAGUCUCGCGUCCAGUUUCUGCUUUCUGCUCAGCCAGCUCUGAUUUAUCAACCUAACAGCCUCUGCAGGCGCUUUUGCUCUCAACCACCCUUUGUCGAAUGA